AUGCCGUCCUAUAAGCGCCUGAUCAUUGCGUGCGAUGGCACUUGGCUGAACAGUAAUGACGGUUUCGACCGCGGCUCUUGGAUGCCGUGGAGUACUGCUGGGAAACUCGCGGUUUCAUCCAACGUCACCCGUAUCUGCCGAGCGCUUCUACCAGAAUCCGAAGAUGGCAUUCAGCAGAUUGUGUAUUACCAGGCCGGAUUGGCCAGCUCUGGGGGCCUCUGGAACUACCUGGGCGGUUUCGUGGGAGCUGGAGUUGGGGAGAACAUUAGAGAGGCGUAUACGUUUCUUUGCAACAACUAUGACGAAGGGGAUGAAAUUUUCCUCGUUGGGUUUUCACGUGGGGCGUUCAUUGCCCGAAGCAUUGGAGGCUUGAUCUCAAGUAUCGGGAUACUGACAAGAUCUGGUCUUGGGGCUUUUUAUCCCAUCUUCAAGGACUGGGAGAACCAGAACGUUCCAGGGUACAAGCCACAGCUGGAAACGCGUGCGUGGCCUCUCAAGGGCCGUCCGACCUUCAGGGAUGCCGACAAUGUGUACUGGACGAAGCUUGUGGACUCUAAGUUGACAAGCCGUACGAUUCCUCCUAUCAAGGCUAUUGGUGUAUUCGAUACGGCCGGAUCUCUAGGUGUACCAACCAUCAAAAUCUUGGGGUUUCCCAUCCAUACCCAUUCCACCCGGGAAUACGCGUUCACGAAUACCAAAGUGCCACCAAACGUGGAGCAUGCUUAUCAAGCACUUGCUCUCGACGAGAGACGGACACCGUUCUCGCCUCCCAUCUGGGAGACGCCUGGAGAUGAUUCAGGCGCCAUUCUGAAGCAACUCAAACAAACGUGGUUUCCCGGCGUGCAUAAGGGCGUUGGCGGCGGGUAUGCGGAUACAUCCACAGCCGAUAUUACGCUCGCCUGGAUGAUCACACAACUUUCGCCCUUUUUGGACUUUGAUACCUCCUACAUCUCGCGCCAGCGCGAGCAGAAUGUUCGCUUCUACGAGGGGAGGGACCCUCCCGUCCCCGUUCUCUCUUGGGCCAUGGGUCUGAUGCAGCCAUCCGAUGCAGGCAUCGACGCGGCGAUCACAGGCCGUACAGUACGAACUCCCGGUGAGUACCACGCUACUGACCCUAAUACUGGGGCGACAUUAUCUCGACGGCUGGUCGAGACGUGUGAGUUUAUCCAUCCAUCUGUGCGAUACAGAGUGGAGCAGAAGGGCGCUGCUGUGGCGAAGAAUGCAAACGAUUAUGCAGAUAUGGACAAGACUGUGUAUCAGCCUGAAGCAUUGAAGGGCUGGGACUUUCUUAGCGGAAACGAUGCGAAUCGGUACGGUGGAGAGGACUGGCAGGGAUGGAACAAAUGGGUUGCUAAUAAACCUAACGGGGAAACGGUAUAUAUCGUUGAGGAUAAAAUUGAGGAGGGCACAGCAGAGAUGAAACUGCUGCAAGGUUGGGCGGGGGUCGAAGCGAAGUUAUACCAUCACGGGGGAGUAUAG